AUGCCGUCAAAACCAGUAUCUUUCCCAGGGUUCACUGCGCUAUCAGAUCGAAUCUACCUUCGCAAUGGCAAUGAAACUACCAACUCAGUACCCGCAACUCAUCCCACCACAAUCAUCAUCUUCGCCUGGGGCGAUGGCCUGCCAAAACACGUUUCCAAAUACGCCGAGGGCUUCCACAAUCUCUACCCUUCGUCGCGGAUCCUCGUGGCCAUUUCAAAGACCCUUCAUGCUUCGCGCCAGCCGCUCAAUGACCGGGUGCAGGCGAUGAUGCCAAUCAUCGACACUGUUUUUCCCACCCCAACAGGCGACGGCGGCACUGGCGAAAAGGAACGAGUCCUGCUUCAUGCCAUGUCCAACACGGGUGGAAUUUUCAUGGCCGCCGCCAUGGCUGCGUAUCAAGAACGACAUGGCAAGGACAAGCAAAUGCCCCACGAGCUGCUGGUAUGUGACUCCACGCCCGGCGGCCUGGUCUUCUCGACUCAAGUAGGUCGGUGGUCUCGCGCCAUGGCUGUCGGCACGGCGAAGAUGUUUCCCUGGCCGUUUGUGGUCACGCAGGCUCUGUGGUGGAUCUUCCUGUGGGCCAACUAUCUGUUGGAGAUUGUGCGCGGCUCAGAGCCCUCAGGUGUCUGGGCGAACCGAAUCAUGAAUGAUGCCGAGGUGACCACACGGCAGGCAAGCAGGCUGUACAUGUAUUCCAAGGAAGACGAGAUCAUCUGGUAUGAGGAUCUGGAGGAGAAUGUGGCCGGGGUGAAAACGUUAGGGUUCAAAGCUGUGGAGACGGAAAUGUUCGAGGGCUCGCCGCAUGUUGGGCAUAUGAGGAUACAUCCGGAGCAGUAUUGGAGUAGGAUCUCCACGUGUUGGAAUGCAGCCAUCACGGCUGAGUGA